UCCCACUUCACAUUAUCAAUGUGCACUUAUUAGAGAGAGAGAGAGAGAGGGCAGAAAGAGAGAGAGAGAGUGAGUGUUGGUGAUACUGUGUCAUGUGAUGAUUGCAUUGGACUGCCAGACUGUCUGGCCAUUGACUCCCUGACAAGCUGAGGAAGAGAUAGGACCGUAUGUCCCUCCAAGCUGCCACCCAAUGGAAUUUAGUCUUUAGAGUCUAUAAGACCCAUCCAAUGACUGCCUGCCUGCCUUGCCCAGCAGAGCUGUAAUCUCUUCGAGCUACUUGUGGCAUCCAGAGCUGUUCCUUCACCGUGCUUCUGACGUCUUCCUCUCUGUGUUACUCGACCUGUUCUGAGACUUGGCUUUCAUUCACCAUUUGGCUAAUGAAGCACUCGUCCUGUGGUCACUAAUGAAGCAGGCAUCCAAGGUCCGCUAUUGAAGUAGGCAUCCAGGAUGGACUAAUGAAGCAGUCGUGAAUGAGGGCCUAAUGAAGCAAGUGUCCAGGGGCACUAAUGAAGCAGUCAUCCUGCGGUCACUAAUGAAGCAGACUUCCAGGGGGACUAAUUAAGGUUUCCUGAGGACCUAAUGAUGUAAGCAUCCAGGGGUCACUAAUGAAGCAGGAGGGACUAAUGAAGCAGGCUCCCGGGGGGACUAAUGAAGCAGGCUCCCAGGGGGGACUAAUGAAGCAGUUAUCCAGGGGGGAAUAAAGGAUCAGGCGUCCAAGGGGGAUUAAUGAAGCAGCCGUCCAGUGAGAACUGAUGAAGCAGGCGUCCAGGGGUAGGACUGAAGCAGGCAUCCACAGGGAGCAGUGAAGCCGGUGUCCACGAGGAGCAGUGAAGCAGGUGUCCAGGGGUAGCAGUGAAGCAGGUGUCUGCUCUACUGUAUGGAACGCGUUGGGAUGGAUGGUUCCAGAAUCUUGUUAAAUCCCCAAAAAUGAUAUGACUUGGCAGCUUGUCAGAGGGAGUCGUUCUCAUCGAGUGGUUUGCUUUUGGACCUAUGCGUGUGCUGAGUGCAGUACCACACAAACCUUUUUGCAGUAUACAUGCAGGAGGCUGAGCUAGCCAGCUGUGGAGCCUCUGUGUGACUGGUGCUUUGGCCAACCCUCUUAGAAAAGCAUUUGACAGGGAGGGAAAGACAGGGAGCGAUUCAGAGAGACGGAGGGAGUUUGUGUGUGGAGUGGUUUCGGGAGAAGUGCUCUGAAAGCGGAAGAUGCCAGGCAUUCUGGUCGCCUCUAAGAUGAAGUCCGGAUUACCCAAACCAGUGCACAGCGCCUUGCCCAUUCCUCAGCUACAAAACCACGCCGGGUCAAGGACCUCCAGCCCUCACAGGGCUAGCCACCUCCGACACAUCCCCCUGAAAGCCACUCAUCGGCAGGGAGAGGAAAAGGGAACCCUGACCCCCACCAAAAGCCUCUCAACUACUGAGGAGAGAAGCCAACAGGAUCCUCAGAUUUACACAGACUGGGCCAACCAUUAUUUAGUGAAGUCAGGCCACAAGCGACUGAUCAAGGACUUGCAGCAAGAUUUGACAGAUGGGGUGCUGCUGGCUGAGAUCAUACAGGUUGUCGCAAACGAGAAGAUAGAAGACAUCAAUGGCUUUCCAAAGAGUCGGACUCAAAUGGUUGAGAACAUCGAUACCUGCCUUGGUUUCCUGGCAGCCAAAGGUGUGAACAUUCAGGGGCUCUGUGCAGAGGAGAUCCGUAAUGGAAACCUGAAGGCCAUCCUGGGUCUGUUCUUCAGCUUGUCCCGUUACAAGCAGCAGCAGCAGAAGGUCCUGAAGCAGCAGGUCUCUCACCCAGAGCACAGCCCCCAGCCUGGACAUAGCCCCCAUGGGUCCCCGGCCCCUGGAAAUAGUCCCCAUGGGUCCUUGGCCCCUGGACAUAUUCCCCAUGGGUCCCCGGCUCCUGGAAAUAGUCCCCAUGGGUCCCUGGCCCCUGGACAUAUUCCCCAUGGGUCCCUGGCCCCUCUUCACACCCACAGCUCCAUGGCACCAGUACAUAAGACAGCGUCAGAUGUACUGUCCAGUCUAUCAUCCAAGGCCUCGUCUUCUACUCAAAGUAGAGGGCUGAAGUUCUCUGUGGCUCACAGAAAGUCCUCUAGGCUGCCUGGGCCCCCCAUGCGGGCCCCUGCGUCAGGCAGCGAGGGAAAGAACCCCAGGGUCUCCAGCAGCAACCGCCGCAGCCAGAGCUUCAACCACCAUGACAAGCCCAAGCCCUCCAACGGUGACCGGGAGAGAAGCACCGCGGCCUCUCCUGCCAUGAUGGAACACUGUGUUUCUCCGGGGCCCAAUGGGUCCGUUCUGUCAUCCAUCGGCCAGCCCAAUGCAGGCAACGGCAGCAAGCCUUGGAGGAGUAAGUCUCUGAACGCCAAGCACAGUGCCACCUCCCCUAUGCUGUCCGUCAAACAGGACCCGCCCACCAGGCAGUCUUCAGCCGUGCACCCAGAGGUCCCACCCAAGGUCAUUGCCCAAAAGUCCAUGCUGGAAAAACUCAAGCUCUUCAAUAGCAAAGGAGGCUCCAAGGCAGUUGGGGUCCUGACUGACAUUCCGACAGGACAUGUGAAGGAGGUGACGGAGGUGCACUCCCCCACUGUGGACCGCCUGGAGGAGACAGAGGGGAACUGCCGACCACCCGGCCCCAAGCUGGCCCUGAAGGGCAUCGCCCAGCGCACCCUCAGUCGGGCCCUCACCCCUAGGAAGAGUUCUCAGGAGAAAGACAAGGCCCGGCCCGCCGAGAGGGACAAGACCCGUGAGGGUGGCUCCAAGCCGGGGUCCGUCACAGAGCAGGAGGAACCCGGGGACGAGUCCAGGCACGAGGGAUUCGGUUCAGACGCAGCAGAGCCAAAGAGGAACACCAAAACCACAAGCCUCAUCCCAAAAGGAGGCAAGGCUGGCAGGAAGGAGAGCUCGGCCUCCACCGCACACAGCGGAAUACCAAAGCCAGGGUCCAAGCCCGGGAAAACCCCUUCCGGCCAGGACGGGGAGAGGCCCCGGAGUCUGAGGGCCGGGGGGGGCGGGGGCCUCUCGAUCCACAAGGGACAGCUGGACCACCGAAGCUCCUGCUCCAGCCUGGCCUCCUCUGAAGGAAGGUGUCACCAUGACCAUGCCCAGGCAGCGCCACCGGUGGGCCCCACAGCCAGCAACACCUCUAGUGUCCAGCUGCCUCAGCCCCAGCAGCAGUACAGCCACCCCAACACGGCCACCGUGGCACCAUUCAUGUACAGGUCUCAGCCAGAUGUGACUGGAGGAGACGUGACGAUGGAGGCAGCAGGGCCAGCGGAGAGUGGCAGAGAGACUGCAGCCUUCAAUAAGUCAGCGCACAGCUCUCUGGAGGACCUGACAGGUGAAGGGCCAGAGGCCAGGCGCUUGCGGACGGUGAGGAACAUUGCAGAUCUGAGACAGAACCUGGAAGAGACCAUGUCCAGCCUGAGAGGAACACAAAUCAGCCACAGCGCCCUGGAGACCACCUUCGACAGCAUCGUCACCACAGAGGUCACCGGAAGAGGCCCACUGAACCUGUGUACCCGCCCCGACCCAGCGCUGGCCUGGCGGCUGGCCCCUCCCAGCCCCCGCCUUCAGGCCGGGGACGCCCCGUCCACCGGGGACGGGUACGCUGCGGCGUCGCGGGCCCCUGCCGGUCGCGCGGCGAGCCCAGAGGGCGGGCUCUACGGCCGCUGCAGGCAGGCGUCCGGUCAGGAGGGCACGGCCGUCUGUGACCUGGACCUGACGGACAAGAUGGAUGAGCUGGACGGUGUCGCCGUGGAGACCGCGGGGUACAUCAGCGACGGAGAUGUCCUGGGGAGUGACCUCCGCUUGGAAAAUGUCUCCAAGGGACACAUGACUGAUGGCGGGCCGAGCGUGUGCACGGGGCGCCUCAAUCGCCUACCAGUCCGGGAGACACUCCAUCGCAAAACUUCAAAGGGCCAAGGGGAUGCCACCGACAGCUGGGACGACAGCAGCUCAGUCAGCAGUGGGAUCAGUGACACAGAUGACAUCAACACCAGCUCUUCCAUCAGCUCCUAUGUCAACACCCCGUCGGUCAUCUGCAAGGACCUAGAGGGACAGCUCCAGACGGAUAUGGAGAAGCACUGUGCCAUCGAGCAGAACUCCGCGUGGUCCGGGAGCGACGUGCUCAAGAGGUCAGACGGGGGUUCGGACAGCGGGGUCAAAAUGCAGUUGAGCUCCAAGUGGUGCCGCCACCCAUCGGACAUGUCGGACGAGUCGGACAGGAGCUCCUCGGGUCGCAAAACGCCCUCCGUGUCGCACACAGGCUCCUGGAGGAGGGGGAUGAGUGCACAGGUGGGCGUAACCUCGCCCAGGACCAAGGGACCCAUCCUGCCGAGCAGUGGCUCGCUAAAGACCCAUGGGACAGGCAAAACAGACGACGCCAAGGUGUCUGAGAAAGGCCAACGUCAUCUCUGUCCCCGGACCAGCGGCGCCGUGCUGCGCUCCCCGUCGGACACGGGCCGCUGCAGUGGGGAGGAGUCCAAGAAGCCCCCUCCCUCCUCCAGCCGUGCCCCUGCCACUAAUACCUUUGGCUUCAAGAAGUAUGCCGGCGUGGGUGUGAGCGUGGUGACGGCCAGCGGGGUGACCAUCACCAGUGGCUCUGCCACCCUGGGAAAGAUCCCCAAGUCGGUGCAGAUCCACGGGGGUCGAGGCCUGGGGCGCCAGGCCAGUGUGGACGACGCCUACCUCCCUGUGAGCUCCCAUUCCACCCUGCAGUACCGGAGUCUUCCACGGCCCAGCAGGGCCUCCGGCAGGGGCCGCAGCGCCAACCACUUCUCCAGCACUAGCAUCGACUCCAACCUCAGCUCCAGGUCCAACAAGCUCCCUGGCCCCAAGAGCUACGGCCAAGUCCCCAAGCCCGGCGGAGCGGGGACCCCCCUGUCCGGGUCCAACCAGACGGACCGGGAGAAGGUGGGCUCCUCCGAAGCCAGUCCCACGGCUCCGGGCUCAGCGACACUGCCGCCUCAGGGAGCCAGGCUGCCCGGGGGGAAGUACCCAGAUGUCUCCUCCCCUACCCUGCGCAGACUUUUCGGAGGCAAGCAGGUCAAGCAGCAGGCCUCGGUCGCCGCUGCAGAGAACAUGAAGAACUCCACGGUCAUAACAAACCCUCAUGCCAACUCCGGCCAGCAGGGCGGCGUGCUGGACUCCCCCUCUGCCAGCAGCGGGGGCAGUAGUCCCCUGUAUGGAGGUGCAGGUCGUAUGGGGCUGGAGGCCCACUCACUGUCCCCUCUGGCCUCCAGCCCUGGUUCGGCCCUGUCAACCCCCUCCCACAGUCUGGCCUGGAGCAGCUCUCUCAGCAGGGACCCCCUGAGCCCAGGCUAUCCCUCCCUCAGCAGCCUGGACAGCAGUGAGUCCAUCGACGUCUCCUUGGGCAGUGGAGGCCAUGGCACACUGCCAGCUUGUGUCAGGAACAACGGCGUCAAAACUGGCUUCUCAGACAGCCUCAGCCCCCUCUCCUCUCCCUCGGCUAGUCCCAAAUUUAGCCGAAACACUUUACCCCGGAAGCAGGACAGGUACGGCCACCUGCCGCAGCUGCGUUGUCACGACGACCCUCGGGACUGGCUGCGUUCCCUCUCCGCAGGAGGUCUGCAGGAGUCGCCCGGCAGCUCGUCCUUCUCCGCCGCCCCCAACCUCACCUCGCCCUCCGGACCCCGCUUCAACUCCUCCCAGCUGGCAGGCAGUCCAACCACAGCUGCACAGAUCAACCUGGCCAACCUUCGCAUCGGCCUGGCCAAUCAAGAGGGGCCAUAUGACCCGAACAGUGACCCCCGUCUGAGGAACUCUUCCAUGUCCCUAGAGGAGAAGAGUCGCACGAUAAGCAGCUCUGGAUCCUUCAAAGAUGGGCUGGAGGAGGUCCACGGCUCCUCUCUCUCCCUGGUCUCCAGCUCCUCCUCUGUCUACUCCACGCCAGAGGAGAAAUCUCAUUCCGAGAUCCGUAAGCUGCGGAGAGAAUUGGACGCCUCCCAAGAGAAGGUGUCUGCUCUGACCACUCAGUUGACCGCUAACGCUCACCUGGUGGCAGCUUUUGAACAGAGUUUAGGGAACAUGACCAUCAGGCUCCAGGGUUUGACCACCACCGCGGAGCAGAAGGACUCUGAGCUGAACGAGCUGAGGAAUACCAUAGAACACCUGAAGAAGCAGAACACUGCAGCCCAGGCGGCCAUCAACAAUGUCAUCAACCUCCCGCGGCUCACCGGCAAACGGGAUAGGUCAGCUUCAGCCAAUGAGAGCCCGCCGUCACAGCAGGACCUGCGUAUCCACAGACAGCACUCCUCUGACAGUGUGUCCAGCAUCACCAGUGCCACCAGUCACUCCAGCACAGGUAGCAACCUGGAGCUGGACGCCAAGAACAAGAAGAAGAGGAAGAACUGGACUCCAUGUGCCGGAGCAAAGGUGAAAGACGACUAUGUUUAUGAGCUGCGGAGCUCCUUCAAGCAGGCAUUUGGGAAAAAGAAAUCGCCAAAGUCUGCGUCCUCCCACUCAGACAUUGAAGAGACGGCCGACGGUUCCCAGCCCUCCUCACCCCAGCUAACUACAUAUAAUGGCUCCUCCACCCCCAUGGUCCGGACCUCUCAGUCCAACUCUCUGAUCUCCGAGUGCACGGACAAUGAGGCGGAGGCAGUGAUGGUGCUCCGUAGUGAGCUCAGAGACAAGGAGAUGAAGCUGACUGACAUACGUCUGGAGGCCCUGAGCUCCGCCCACCAACUGGACCAGCUCAGGGAAUCCAUGAACCGCAUGCAGGCUGAGAUGGAGAGACUGAAGUCAGAGAAUGACCGUCUGAAGAUGGAGAAUCAGGGCAGCUGCAGCAAGGCCGCCUCCCAGCCAUCAGUGAUGUGUCCCUCAGCAGGCCAGCCCCAGCAUGGCCUCCCUCUGACAGAGUCCACAAGCCUCGACAUGCUGUUAGAAGACAACGCGGACGGUAGCUCAUGGAAAGAAGGGCGGCUUGUCAAGGUGGUCGUAACUCUAGAUGAGCGCGCCAGGUGGAAAGAGGCGAGUAGACCUCGACGCUUCCUGGUUGGUUGCAUCGGUGUCAGUGGGAAAACCAGGUGGGACGUCCUGGACGGGGUGGUACGACGUCUCUUCAAGGAGUACAUUAGCCACGUGGACCCAGUGAGCCAGCUGGGUCUGAACUCAGACAGUGUCCUGGGCUACAGCAUCGGGGACAUCCGUCGCACCGCCGGGGCGGACACCCCUGAGCUCCUGCCCUGUGGAUAUCUCGUAGGGGACAGUGACACCAUCUCGGUCUCCCUUAAAGGUGAAUGCGAGCACAGCCAGGACAGCUUGGUGUUUGAGACACUGAUCCCCAAGGCCCUGCUGCAGAGCUACGUGUCCCAGCUCCACGAACACCGCAGGAUCAUCUUGUCCGGCCCCAGCGGUACCGGGAAGAGCUUCCUGGCCAGCCGAUUGGCCGAACACGCCGUGUUGAGUGAGGGAAGGGAGGUGACUGCCGGGACCGUUGUCACGUUCAACAUCGACCACAAGUCCAGCAAGGAGCUGCGUCAGUACCUGCUGAACCUGGCUGACCAGUGCAGCGGCGUGACUCCGGGCCGCGUCAUGCCCCUGGUGGUCAUCCUGGACAACCUGCACCACGUCAGCUCUUUGGGAGAGGUCUUCAAUGCACUGCUGAGCUGCAAGCAACACAGCUGUCCUUAUAUCAUUGGAACAAUGAACCAGGCCACAUCCUCCACUCCCAGCCUGCAACUUCAUCAUAACUUCAGGUGGGUGCUGUGUGCCAACCACACUGAGCCAGUGAAGGGCUUCCUGGGUCGGUUCCUGAGAAGGAAGCUGAUGGAGACAGAGAUCAGCAGCCGUCAGCGCAACGCGGAGCUGGUGAGGAUCAUCGAUUGGAUGCCUGCUGUGUGGCAUCACCUCAACCACUUCCUGGAGUCGCACAGCUCCUCUGACGUUACCAUUGGGCCUCGUCUCUUCUUGUCUUGUCCCAUGGAUGUGGAAGGCUCCAGAGUGUGGUUCACAGACCUGUGGAACUACUCCAUCAUUCCUUACGUGCUGGAGGCGGUCCGAGAGGGCUUGCAGCUGUAUGGGAGAAGAGCUCCGUGGGAGGACCCAGCGCGGUGGGUGAUGGAGAGCUACCCCUGGGCAGCCAGCCCCCUGCAGCAGGAACGGCCACAACUGCUGCAACUCCGGCCUGUCGACGUGGGGUUGGACGGGCACUGCCUCUCUAAAGACGGACACCCUGGCCAGCAGCUUCCCCAGGGAGACACUGACACAGAUCCCCUGAUGAACAUGCUGAUGAGGCUGAAGGAGGCGGCCCACUGCUCCGGCAGGGCUCAGAGUUACCACAGCGACUCAAACAGCAAUCAUGAUCACCAUGACGACACCAUUCUGGACUCAUCACUGGAGUCCACAUUAUGAGUCUCCCUCUGUCCAGUGACACGUAUCCUAACUGGAGAUACCUUUGAUUGCCCAGUCAUGUGAAUGGAAAACUAAUACUAUGUCCUUUGUGCAAUUAUGAAUGUACACGUAAGAAAAUAGAACUCUGUGACUUCAAAUGUUUAGGUUGUCAGAACUUGAUUAAAUAGCUCCAGCUAACUGCUUAACGCUGGGUUAUAAUGGCAGAAAUGGGUGCUGGUAGCCCAAGAUGCGUAUCAUCGUAAACGUUACGCUACCUGAAUAGAUUCAAAUCGGUCAAUUUUCUCUUUUCCGUUUUUUAAGGCUUUGUUUACAAUCUCAUGCGAAGACAGACAGCCAACCAUAGAAACGAAUGACGUAAUAUGUGACACAUUACAGUAUGUGAUAUCAAACAAGUUGCCUUGACUGUGAACGGACACAGGCUAUAGCUAAUGUAGUCAAAACUACAUUGACUCAGUUGUACAGAGCUCCGCCUGGGUGUGCAUUUCCUCAGUGUAAAGACACAAAUCAUUUAAGGUGCUUAACUUUCAAAGGAUGCCUUGCUACUUUUGUAUCAGUGGUGGUGACAUGCAUUGACAAUGCCUUUGAUUUACACAUUUGCUAUAGAGGAUGUGUAGUGUUCAGGUGCUUCUAUCUUCUUCAGACUUUGAAGGAUAUAUUUCCACAUCAAUGACAACAUUUUCAAGGCGUUUGUUAAGGAUUUCUUUGUAGUCAGUGUUACUUUUUAGAUUUCUGGUGCUCUGCAGAUUAAAAUUUGAACUUAUUGACAGUAAAUGUUUUUUUGUACGACCACAUGAGGAUUUCAGAAAGUGUCCCAACCGUGCUGACCUAUUGUUUGGCUCUAGACAGACCUCCGUCUCAGCAUGGAAUGUUCCAACCCAGUGUUUCUAUGCAUAGAGGCAAUUUAGACAUGUGGACCCACAUCUGAAAGGUCCCAACCUAGAAAGGGAUCAGAGCGAACGCAUGGCUUUCAGGCGGCAGGCUGGCGUGUCCAGUCCUCCUCUCCGGAGAAUUAGCACAGGGUCCAUUUGCAUCAAGUGUUAAUGGGACUUUCAGUGUUGCUGUAUUGGAGUGACUAGGCUUUAUUUCCUCAUAAGAUGGAGUGUUCUCAGAGUGGCUCGAGCAACGACGAGGUACCACUUUGGGUGCUCCCUCUCACAAUGUACCCAUUAUAUACUGUUUAUCCUCUGAGUGUUCUCGGUAACACUUUCUAUGCAACAUUCAUUUAGAACUUCACAAUGAAACCAAAAAAAUAUAUAAUGUGCUUGUAUUUCUAAGUAUUGCCAAGAUUUGUAUUGCAGGUGCAUUCGUCUGUAAAUGUUUUUUGCAGGGUUUUCAUUUUCAGGAUCAUAUCUUAAAUUUUAAAGGGUGAUUGAAGUAGAAAUCUAAAUGUUUGUCUCUUCUUGGCCCCAUAGUUUGGAUGUUGGAAUGUUGUGAAAAGGAGUUUUAUUGAAUCUAGUUGUUUAAAAGUGAUGAAUAAUUAUUUGAUAUGUGAAUUUUCCGUGUGUAAAAAAAAAUGUAUUUGUAUGUAAAGAUGUAAAUAUAUGAUCCAAAUCCACAUUUUGAAAACAUUUUAUAGAGCUCUUUUGCAGAACUAGACAGUAGGUCAUUUGUGUAGUCGGGUUUUCUCCAUACAGUGUUGGAUUGUUCUUUUGAUUUUUAUUUGAUGUGAGAAUGAGAUUAACUCUGUUCACAAAACUGUGCUUUUUAUCUUUAGAGAAAUCAAUAAAACAGUGGAAAUUUUGUACGCUU